UUAAGCUUCAUCAGGUUUAUCAAAGCCCAGGAGUUGACAGUGUCUAAUGUGGACCAAAUGGACACACCUUCGUUCUUCAUGAGACAGUCCGAGAAGGAAACAUUGUCGACAUACUUCCACAAAUUCGUCUCAGGAGUGGGUAUAGAUUAGUCAUUAAUCAUGAUGAGAAAGAGCAUAGAACCCACUUAAGUUCCCUGGGGCAGAUGGGCAGAUGGGCAGUGACUGGCAGCCAAUCUGAAAACACCUGUCCAACUUCAACACGUCUUCAGUUUAAGACGAAACCAGUGAUCCAUGGUAUAAGACAUCAUCUAACGCCAAACUCUACCAGUUUUCUAAUCAGCCUGUUAAGACCAACAGAGUCAAAGGCUUACAAAAAGUCCAAGAACCAAAGUCAGAGGCGUUUAUUAGGUGA